AUGCAGCGCUCAAGAUCCAUAUCUAGAGCACGAAUCCUUGAUGACGAAGAAAUAUCUCCGCCUACUCCAUCUGUAUACUUUACACCGCCAGGUUCAAGAUGUGGCUUGCUGCUUCAUAAUACUGUCGAAGAAGCCACGACGCACUCCUCUUUUGCCAGAUCAAGACGUCUUAUAGAAGCCAGCAGAGGAAAUAGCAAAAUUCCUGUUUUUAAUCGCAAAGCCAACUACAACCCUUACACUGAAAAGAAAAUCCCCAUCUCUUCUAUACAGCACGAAAGUCACAAAAGUGAAAGAAUCCGGUGGCAAGGUGGCCAUAGAGAAUAUCCCGGAAAAAAGACCAUGAAUGGUUAUUAUGUAAAUAUGAGAUUCAAAAGCACUUUUACAGCUUUUGGCGAAAAGAGAUAUUGUGGUACAAUGAUUGAAAAAGAGAUGCAUAUCUGUUGGAUGAGAUGUUCUAGAUUAGAGCUGGACAAAGACGGAGAAAUCUUCAAAUACUUCUUAGGACGCAAAAGAGCCUUAAAUUUUGAGGAAUAUAAACAGUUUCUUGAAGAGCUUUGCGACAUAUAUGAAUUGGACUAUUCUGAAAUUAUUAAAACAAUGGCGUUUAUUCGAAUGCCUUCCACCAAAAAAUGGAAGUAGGCUCAAGUUCCUUUUCUACUCAAAGCUUUGCAACACAAAGAAUUUUUUAAAAGUUUGCUCGGACAUCUUAAAGCUGAAAACAAGUGCAGAAAAUCGAGCCCAAAAAUGUAUUGUUAACCGAAUCCAAACACCUAACAUUGAGGAUUGAAAUGAUGCUUUGAUUCAUUACGAUGUUGGUUAUGCAAAUCUAUUAUCAUAAAAAUCAUUUUAAUAAAAUAAAUUUUAA